AUGCCUUCGCCGGUACAGGAGGUGCGGACGGUAUACGGCUCGUGUUUUUGGGCGCCGCGAGACUACUCUUUCCCGGCUAUGGGCGCGCUGAACGUCCGCAGCGGGGACGCGUUCUCGCUGGUCUUCUCCGCCGCCGAACCGGACACUUUGGCAGAGGCGCAGCGGCUCCACGAGGAGAUUGUAGAACUCCGACGAGACGAGAGGCGCACUCCCGUUACCGUGGUGGCCAACAAAGCGGACCUGAGGGAAGCCAUUUCCGACGCGGGAGCUGUGUGUGACUGGUUAUGGUGCGCGGGGUUGGUGGAGGCCUCCGUGCGCACCGGGGAGAACGUGCUCGAGGUUUUCCGCGACCUGCUGAGCUGGACCGACGUACCCAGCCGCACAGUGCCCAGAGGAAGAAGCCUCCUCUCAAGAAAAGCAACAGCUGUCUCCUAA